CCCCCUCGGGACCCAACUCCUCCUCCCCCUCGGGACCCAACUCCCCCUCCCCCUCGGGACCCAACUCCUCCUCCGAAAGACCCGACACCACCGCCGCCAUCUCCGCCGGAAGAAGAACAUGAACAAGAGUUUACACCGGCUCCUUACCCAAGUCAUCUCGAUGGCAUGAAUUCACCAGUUCCACCUUCCUUCGGAAGCGAUUAUGUUAAGACAGACAUGGGUACUUACGAGGUCCACGCCGACUUCCGAAAGUGUCCACAAGACUAUGACUAUGAGCAGGUUCCCGUCACAUCCGGGGGAUGUCUGUAUGAAGACAGAGAAUUUCCGCUAGAUGUCGCUCUACCCAAUCGUCCCAACGGCAUUGAAUGGAAACGGCCUACGGACAUUCGAUCUCGUCCAGUGCUUUUCUCUGACGGAACCACGCGGUACGACAUAGGUCAGGGAUCAAUAGGGACGUGCUGGUUCCUGUCCAUGGUUUCUGUUAUAGCAGACCGACCCAAACUCAUCAGACAGGUCAUUCCACGGAACGCCUAUAAGGUAGGCACUGCCGAGUAUAAAGGCAUCUUUCAUUGUCGGUUCUGGAGGUAUGGUGUCUGGGAUGACGUAUAUAUUGAUGACCAUUUGCCCAUCAUCUACGGCGAUAAAGUAUACAGUGCUCAUUCUGCUACAGACGAAAACGAGAUGUGGGUCGCUCUGCUGGAAAAGGCUUUCGCCCGGUCCUAUGGGAGCUACGAAGCUGUCACAGGGGGUCUAACGGCUGACUCCUUUAUCGCACUGACAGCCGGUGUACCGGAAAUGAUAGACAUAGCUAAGGGACAGACUUCCGGUGAUAGCCUGUUUAACAGAAUCGCUAAUGCGUUACGAUCGGGAGCUAUGGUAGCGUGUACUGUGCCGGAAAAACAUGACAAUCAUAAAGGUCUCGUCGGUGGGCAUGCGUACUCACUUACCGGAACUGCAGUGGGGAACGGUACCCGGUUGAUCCGAGUCCGUAAUCCCUGGGGGAAGCACGAGUGGACGGGACCGUGGAGUGAUGGGAGUAAUGAGUGGUCAUCUGUACCAGAAGGCGAAGUUCAGAGGCCAAACGUGGACGACGGAGAGUUCUACAUGUCUCUUGAAGACUUUAUGAUGUAUUUCUCUGACGUCACGAUAUGCUGUCUCACGCCGGAUUUCGAUAGGGACGGAUGUAGCGAUACUUUAAACUAUAUCACGUGUCUGUAUGGAGACUGGCGGGGGAGUAAUGCUGCCGGUUUUCAGAAGAAACUACAGAACCCCAAAUAUCUAAUAGAAGUUACAGACAAUUCUUGUGACGAGCGAGGCAACGUUCCACUGGUCGUACAGAUCAUACAGAGAACCUACCAGAGAAAGAGAGACAAGAUAUCAAUCCGCUGUGAUCUCUACAAGGUGUUGUCAAGCGAGGGAGGUGUUUAUGUUGUGGACGAACUCGGUAGCAACACCAACUCGUACAAACAGGACCAGCAGGCGUCCUUCCGAUACCUCGUCACACCUGGCAAGUACAUCGUCAUUCCCUCCGCCAUCGAGGAGGGGCUCGAGAAGGAGUUCAUGGUCAGAGUAUUCUCGUCGGCCCCCCUUCACUGUUUUGAGAACCUGACUGAUGACCAAAGUAUCAAGUACAUGUUGUUCGACCGCCCAGACCUUCCACAACUGGACGUACCUACUGAUAUCAGGACUUGUCAGUGUGUAACAGGCGCGUUUGUACAGGGCUCCAACGCCGGGGGCCAGGUCUCGAAUGACACAGUGGGAAAUAAUCCCCAGUUCCGUGUGACCGUCACCGAGAGGGGUAUUGUGCGAUUCCAGCUGAUGCAGGAAAUGAAGGAAGAGCUAAUGCCGUUAGGAUUCCGCAUGUGGAGGAUGGACGAAGAUAUAUUCCCACUGACCACCGACUGGAUAUGGAACAACUACAGUGAUGAUAGCAAGCUAGCGCGCAUGACCGACAACGACGACGGCAAGUUUGUGGUGUCCAAGAACGUGUCGGCCGAUUACGUCCUUGAACCUGGGCAAUACGUCGUUCUCAUUCACCUUGACGGCCAGUCACAGGAGACAAAGUUCGUCAUGAUGGCGGAGUCACACGACAGCGUCGGACUCGAGGGGAGCCACUUAGGUUAGACCUGGAGAACAAGGGACUUCACAAUUAUGUAGUCAAUAUAUACAGUAUGGAAAUAAACGUAUAACCACAGGGAUAUCAUAAGAUCAACUGCUAUUGAUAUAAUAGUAUUAGCUACGAAAUACACAUCAACAGAUUGGUUACCAUGGACAAUUAACUGCCAAUCCAUGGAGCUGGUUUCGGAUCAAAGGCAACAAAGGCCGAAAUACCUGUAUUUUUACAUUGUUUACAUCCUUUCUUUAAACAAUGUUGAACAUCCUCAAAUUUUCAACGCGUGUGACACAAUCUACUUCCCUCUCUCAGUAUAACAAGGACUUGUUUAUUCCCUGGUUGUGUAUAAAGUUCGUAUGUCCGAAUAUCUACACUGUGCGUAUGUACACAUGCAGUAUUCCGUCCGUGCAUACUAUGGCGUUACACCGUCCCUGCAUACUAUGGCGUUACACCGUCCCUGAUACUAUGGCGUUAUACCGUCCCUGCAUACUAUGGCGUUUCACCGUCCGUGCGGAAAUGGUAAACGUAUGACUUUCAUAACUUCAUACCAUACAAAAUGAAGAGGUAUGUUACACAGUGAUUAGAAUGGUAAAGGCUCUUUGUUUGACAGUAUUUCUAUAUUUGUUGUCGGGUUGCUAGUAUGUAAAAGUGCUUUAUUGAUCAUGUGACUUAACCUGACUUCAUACAUGGGCUACAAUGUAUAAUUAUAAAACGGGUAUAUAUACUUUGAGCAUG